CACCUCGGCGACCUCUGAAGCCGAGAUCGGGGUGCAAGGCUAGGGACUCCGCACGCCCGGGACCUUCUGGGGGGCAGUUAAGCAAACCUGGGGAGCUGGGUGCAGUGGCUUUGGAAGAACCCUGUUGCUCAAAGCACACAACCAGGACUGAACUCUUGGGGGGUUUGCUUGAGGGGUGCGGUCUGCCUGGGAAUAUGCAAUUAAGGGGCAGCGCUGGGCAGGGCGGUCUCGGAUCCCCCUUGCGAGAUUCCCCGCCUUGCUUUGUGGUUACUGCCUAAAUGCAGACAAGGGGACCCCCCACCCCGUUUCCUUUGCGUGGAGCCUCCCCUUUUCUGUUAGUAGGAAAUCUUGCAGGUCUUUAUUUCUGUAAAGGUGGACUUCUGUCCCUGUUUGUUUUAUCAUGCCAAGGCAAAGGGUUGGCCACAUCCAGAAUAUUUGGUUUUUGCCACUGAAGCAUUUUGCUGUUAAAGGCAGAAAUAAUUCUAGCAGAAUGUGAGCUUGUUUUCAAAAGAGAACCUUACAAAAAACAUUUGUGCUUUUUUAUACCUUUUGAAUUCCUUUAAUACGCUAAUCAUACAAAUUCUAGAACUAAUUUUACAAAACUGCUUUUAAAGGCAACGAAAAUAUUCCAGGAUUUUAAAAAAUAUUUUAAAAAAAUCAUCCCCUGCAACAUGGCCAUUGUUGCAUUCAUGGUAUAUCUUACAAAAUGAUAACGCUGAAGUGCGGGUGUGUGUAACUGGGAAAUCCAUGUUCUUGGUAGCAGAUGAGAUACAUUAUUCAGGGCCAUCUUGUGAAUUAAAGAAAUCCUGUCUGUCUUUUGUGUUUCCCUACAGUGGUGUGGCCACAAUGUUAAAGAACAGAGAAAUGCCUCUUGAUCUGUUAGCAUUCUGCCUCCCCUGUCUACCAGGAAAUGAAGUGGGAGAGAAAUUGGGGGAUGGUAUCUACGAUACCUUCAUGGUGAUAGACGAAACCAAAUGUUCAAAUGCGAAACCCUGUUCAAAUGCGCUCUGCAAUCCUUCUGAACCAGCUCUCCCCAGAAGACUAAAUAUGGCCACUGAGCAGCUACCGAGAGGUCACACCCAGCCCUUUCUGAGUGGAGGGGACAUGAAGGUGGAGCAGCUGUUUCAGGAGUUUGGCCACAGAAGGUCCAACACUCUUCAGUCAGACAGCACCAGGGACUCUGAAGAGUGCUCUCCCACCGUGUUGCAGAGGAGGAGUUCAGAGAGCCUGAACAUGGGGAAAUGUGGCGGUUUCUCCAGAGCCCCCAAAGUGGUGCCUCUGACUCCCGAACAAGUGCUGAAGCAGUACAAACACCACCUCACUGCCUACGAGAAGCUGGAGAUAGUCAACUACCCAGAAAUCUACUUUGUAGGUCCAAAUGCCAAAAAAAGACAUGGGGUGAUCGGUGGGCCCAAUAACGGGGGGUAUGAUGAUGCAGACGGGGCCUAUAUUCACGUACCUCGGGACCACCUAGCUUAUCGGUACGAGGUGCUGAAAAUUAUCGGCAAAGGGAGUUUCGGGCAGGUAGCCCGCGUCUACGAUCACAAGCUCCGGCAGUACGUGGCCCUGAAAAUGGUGCGUAAUGAGAAACGCUUCCAUCGCCAAGCAGCCGAGGAGAUCCGGAUCUUGGAGCAUCUUAAAAAGCAAGACAAAACUGGUAGCAUGAAUGUGAUUCACAUACUGGAGAGUUUCACCUUCCGGAACCACGUCUGUAUGGCCUUCGAGUUACUGAGCAUAGACCUCUAUGAACUCAUUAAAAAAAACAAGUUUCAGGGUUUCAGUGUCCAGUUGGUACGCAAGUUUGCUCAGUCGAUCCUGCAGUCCCUGGACGCCCUCCACAAAAACAAGAUCAUUCAUUGCGACCUGAAGCCAGAGAACAUCCUCCUGCAGCAGCAUGGGCGCAGCGCGACCAAGGUCAUCGACUUCGGCUCCAGCUGUUUCGAGUACCAGAAGCUCUACACGUACAUCCAGUCUCGUUUCUACAGAGCCCCUGAGAUAAUCCUGGGGUGCCGCUACAGCACGCCCAUUGACAUAUGGAGUUUCGGCUGCAUCCUGGCGGAACUUCUCACCGGGCAGCCGCUGUUCCCUGGGGAUGAUGAAGGAGACCAGCUGGCCUGCAUGAUGGAGCUCCUGGGGAUGCCACCGCCAAAGCUGCUGGAGCAGGCCAAGCGUGCCAAGUACUUUAUUAACUCCAAGGGCCUGCCUCGCUACUGCUCCGUGACCACUCAGGCAGAUGGGAAGGUUGUGCUGGUGGGGGGUCGCUCGCGCAGGGGUAAGAAGCGGGGUCCCCCGGGCAGCAAAGACUGGGUCACAGCACUGAAAGGCUGUGAUGACUACUUGUUUAUAGAGUUCCUGAAACGAUGCCUGCAGUGGGACCCCGCUGCCCGGCUGACCCCAGCUCAGGCACUGAGACACCCAUGGAUUAGCAAGUUGGCGCCCUGGCCCCUCAACAUCAACAAGGGGUCAGGGAAACGGGUAGUUAAUCCCGCACGUGCUCUGCAGGGACUGGGUUCCAAGCUGCCUCCGGUUGUGGGAAUAGCCAGUAAGCUGAAAGCCAACUUAAUGUCAGAAGCCAACGGCAGUAUACCUCUGUGCAGUGUGUUGCCAAAACUGAUUAACUAACGGACAAUCGGAGACCCAGAUGUAUGUAUUUUUAAUUACCUUGAAAACCUGCAAAUGGAAAAAAUUGCAAGCCAUUGGCGGAUAUGUUUUGUUAGACUAGAUUUCUUGUUUUUUUUUUUUUUUAACCAGGCAAACAUUUUUAUAUGACUAUAAGAGAACUCUUCAAGGGCUAAUCACCUAAUCAGCUUGUAUUGGCCAUCUGGAAUAUACAUUAAAUGACUUUUUAUAGGUCAGUG